AUGAUUUUUGUAAUAAUUAAGAAUACCUUUUAUUUCUAUAUUUUGAUACACUCUAUAUUUUCUUUGUUGAGCUUGUUGAUAUGUAUAGACAAUGAUAUAGAUCACUUUGAAAUUUAAUGCCCAAGAAUGAGUAAUUCAAUAAAAGAAUUCAUUGCAGGGAUAUUCAAACCAUUUUUACCUGAAGUUAUUGAAUUUUUAGUUGGGAAAAUAUUAAUGCAAGAUUUACGAAUAGUGAAUGCUCUUAUAUUUUCAGGAAUUUUAGAAGUGGUCUUAGCACUAUUAGGAGCAUUUUACUAUAUUAUGGUUGAAACACCAAAGUCUAUCUAAAAGAGUUUGAGAUUAAUAGCAAAGUUGUUUUUCUUUAUAGGAAUAAUAUUAUGGAUAGCCGUCUAUUGUAGUGGAAUUGGAUUAAGGAAAUUACUUGAGAUAGUGCACAUAGUUUAUUAAAAUCCAUAGAACGUAGAGAAUUAUACAAAUGAUUUCUCAAACUUUAUACAAAUGAGACAGGAAGAAAUUAUGGAGUAUUAUUUCUGA